AUGACUAAAACUAAACGCAAUACCUCUAUGUCCACACCAAUCAAGAACACUUCUUCGACCGAUCUUCCACAAACGACCACUACACCCUCAGAUAAUCCAGCAGCUGCAUCCGCCUCAGAAUUGAUUAUUGAGACCACCACGGACACGACCGUUACUACUGAAUCAAAAGACAAAGAAGCGACUAAUUCAAACGAAAGCACUCCAGCAGACCUCCCUCCCCUCAUCUCCCCAGAUGCCUGGUCCGACACAGUGGGUGAUGAUACAAAGGAGGACGAAAAGGAAGAAGAAGAAAAGGCUGCGUCCCAAAUCAUCCUACACCCCUCCACUUUUGUUUUGACUAGAUUCACUACCACUCCCCAUGACGGUCUUACAGACAUCGACUCUGUCCUUGCAACGGACUAUGCCCCGGAUACAAUUUUCAACAACCGCUGUCGCUUCCCUGAUGAUUUCCUCAAGCGACUUUAUGCUUUCACUGAAAUCGAAUACCUACACGAUGAAGGAAUCAUUGCCAUGGAACUCGUUAAACCCUCUGACAAUCGUUUCGGGUUCUUGGCAUGUCACAAAAUCUACGCUUUCAAGUCAAUGAUCGGAAAGAACGGAAUUGUGAAGCAUGCCAAGCAAUACCAAAGCAACUACGCUCUUGAUCUAAUCCCCCUUACGCGCCAGGGGUUCAUUAACGCUGCAACCUUCAUCAAAAUGUUUACCAGCAAGAACGUCAAGAAUAUCAGCAUCUCUUCAGAGUCUGUGCCCAUGUCCGCGUUUGCACCUGAGGAUGACCCAUUCAAGAACAUCUAUGACGCCAAACCGCUUGGGUCCUACAACUUCCAACAGGACAAAAAUUUGCCCUACCCCCUCGAUCUCAAACCUGGUGACAUAGUGGUCACUCAAUGCCUCUUGGAAAAGUUCACUGAAACCGGCACCAACCUAAACCGGGCUGCCUUUAAACUCAUCGGUGUCGCUUACCUUGGCGACGGCCCUACUCCCAAGAAUGACAUUGCGACCCUCACUGCAUCCCCAUCCAAACGGGCACUCUGUAAGUCACAGUCGCGACACAUCUCAAAAAAAUGCUGA